UGUGUGCGGACCCAAGCCACGCAGAUGCUGGUACCUCUAACUCCGUCAUCCCAGAGCACCUCACGUCUGGCCCCCAGCACAGGAAAACAGCAUGGUCAGGAGGGGUUAAACUUCGGCUGAAGCACAGGCGCAGUGAGCCUGCAGCCCGACCUCACUCGUGGCAUACAAGCAAAUCUGGGGAGAACUCACUGGAUGCCAGCAUGAUGCAGAUAUCUCAGGGCACGAUUGGUCCUCCUUGGCACCAAAGCUACCAUUCCAGCUCCUCUACAAGUGACCUCUCCAGCUAUGACCAUGCUUACCUAAGGCAGAGUCCGGACCCGUGCAGCUCCCAGGGGAGCACAGAGAGCCUGGAGCCCAGUGGAACAUACCCACCCUGCCAUCUUUCCCCUGCCAAGUCCACUGGCAGCAUCGACCAGCUCAGCCACUUCCACAACAAGAGAGACUCAGCUUAUAGCUCUUUCUCCACAAGUUCCAGCAUCCUGGAGUAUCCACCCCCUGGCACUUCUGGCCGAGAGCGUGCGGGCUCCAUGGACACUGCUUGUGCUCGAGGUGGCCUCCUUGAAGGGAUGAGGCAGGCAGACAUUCGCUACGUCAAGACAGUCUAUGAUACCAGGAGGGGCGUCUCCGCCGAGUACGAGGUGAACUCUUCAGCCCUACUUCAAGGUCGGGAGGCCCGAGCAUCAGCUGAUGGUCAAGGCUAUGAUAGAUGGUACAGUGCUCCUCGAGGCAAGGGCGCACCACCCCCAUCCUGGAGCCAGCAGUGCCCCGCUUCCCUGGAGACUGCCACUGAUAACCUGCCUCCUAAAGUGGGUGCACCCCUGCCUCCAGCUCGCAGUGACAGUUAUGCAGCCUUCCGACACCGCGAGCGGCCCAGCUCCUGGUCUAGCCUUGAUCAGAAACGGUUCUGCCGGCCUCAGAUGAACUCUUUAGGCUCCCUGAAAUCUCCGUUUGUAGAGGAUCAGCUGCACACUGUGCUGGAGAAGAGUCCAGAGACCAGCCCUCCGGUGAAGCCCAAGCACAGUUAUACCCAGAAGGCCCAGCCCGGCCAACCUCUACUGCCGACGGGCAUCUACCCUGUACCGUCCAUGGAGCCACACUUUGCCCAGGUGCCCCAGCCAACUGUGAGUAGCAACGGUGCGCUCUAUCCUGCACUGGCUAAGGAGAGCGGGUACAGAGCUCCUCGGGGGGCCUGCAACAAGAUGACUACCUUUGAUGAGAAUGGGAACCAAAACGGGUCUAGCAGGCCUGGGUUUGCCUUCUACCAGCCCCUGGAGCACAACUCCCUGUCCCCCGUGGAGAGGAGAGCAGAAACCACAGCCAAGUGCAUCUCCUCCAAAGUCCGUUUUUCUUCAGUGCCUGAGAAUGAGGAGGACGUCUCCUUGCAGGGACAUCCUUCACCUCCACAAGGCAACGGCCUGCAUUCCACCGAGGGCAAGAGCGCCUGUGGCAACAAGCCACGUUGCGGUCACCAUGGCCUCAGAUCCCCCCCGGCUCAGGCCUGGCGAGCAAGCGAAGGCCAGAGAUCUCCCAGGCUUGCGGAGCCCUGGGAGGGGGGCGUCCAGGAGGACCACAAUGCCAACCUCUGGCAGAGGCUGGAGAGAGGAGGCCUCGGCCAGAGCCUGUCGAGCCACCUGGUCAAGACCAAGUCUGCCUUCUCAUCUCUGCAGAACAUCCCCGAGAGUCUAAGGAGGCGCAGCAGCCUGGAGUUAGCCGGGGAAGCCCAGGAGGGUCACGUGGGGAGCAGGCCAACCUGGGCCGUCAGUGCCACAGUGGAGGACCCGGACGUGGGGAGCCGCCUAGAGCGGCAGGCUUCCCACCCACAGCCGGAGGGGAAAGCCAGCGCCUGGGCCUCCAUCCCCAGUUCGGACCCCAGAGGCGAAGAGCCACCCAGCCCGCCACGCCCGCAGACGUCCAGCCUCGGCCGCGGGGGGCUCGGCUUGGGCAGCUCCUCCGCCCCACAGUUUGGGAAGCCCCGCUGUUCGCUGCGGCAGUUCCAGCAGAGCGCCCUGGCUGAAUACGUGCAACGCAAGACCGGCCGACGGCUGGCGCCCGCACCCGAGGGCCCCGCCAGCCCGCCCGGUCCCCGCGAUCGCAGCGGCUCCCUGGGCAGCGGCCGCCUCCGCGGGGAGCAGCGCAGCGUGGACCAGGCCCCGAGGGAGCUGCCUGGGGGUGCCCGGCGUGGGGACGGGGCCUCCUGGGGGGCUGCAAAGUCCUUGUCAGCCGAAGACCUGCUGGAGCGCACCCACGUGCCGGCCGCCCCUGUCCACGCGAGGUCGCGGUCGUCUCCCACCGCUGCAGGCACAAGGCUCCAGGAAGUGCUUUUGGGGGAAGACAGUGGCUUUGGUUUUGUGAAGGACCCAUGUCAUCUGGCUGGCCCUGGAUCUAGGUCACUUGGUUGUUCAGGAAGGGGCCGAGAGGAGACGCCGUUGACCUCUCGCCGUCCUGCCCCUCACUGGGGCACCUCAGUUCCCAGUGAACAUCCUGGAACCCCGGACCAUCAGAGGCAGGCUGGCAGCACACCCUGUGCCAGGCCACCGACAGCAGGAGCGCAAGGGCAUCUGGCAGACACCAAGGCUGCACCACUAGCUCCACUCAGCUCCCCUCUGCCUUCACCUGUUGCAUCUGGCUGCUGUUCACAGGUGGCCACAGACCAGCAGAUGGGAAGGGACAGUCAGGCAGGGCGACAGCCUCUUCCGCCCUUCACCCCUGCCACAACCCACAGAAGCAAUGGUCACACCCUGACCCAGCCUCCCAGUCCAAGAGGCUAUGAGAUUGACGUCCCAGAGCAUGGAGGAGAAGGCGGAACAAGGAAGAGGGUCUUGCUGCCUCAGCGCUCUCCUCUCUCUUGGGUGAAGUGGGCACAUGCCAUCAGAGAGGACAGCCUUCCUGAGCAGCCCUCGUCACCUGAGCUUGCAAGCCUGAAGCACUAUCAAAAGCAGCAGAGUCUUCCAAGUUCACGCAGCACUUCUGACCCUGACACGCCUCUCGGGGCCCCUAGUCCUCCAGGGAGGAUCUCCCUCCGAAUAUCCGAGUCCGUCCUGCAGGACUCUCCACCCCCUCGGGAGGACUGUGAUGAUGAUGUGUUUGCAGGGGAUUUGCGCCCGAAGGCCACUUCCAGCCCCACAUUCGAAGUGCUUCCCCCACCCCCACCUCCUCCACUGAGCCUGGAGGCCCCAGUGAGCAGCUCAGAUGACUUUCCUCCGCCUCCUCCCCAAGCUGUGUCUGGUGAGCAGCUGGACAGCGAGGGCCACCGGGGGCCUCGCACCAGCUCCAACAGGUUUUCCAAGGUGAUGGUUGCCAGGGAAAGGCACAUGCCUGGUACAGCCCAUUUGGGUGGUGGUCAGAUACUGGUUUCCAGACCCCAAGCUUCCAUCAAGGGUUCAGAGGCCAGCAAGUCCAGCCCCUGCUCCAUCGUGGGCGUUCAUCCCCAGCUUGCUGGGUCUCUUGGCGGGCAGCCACCACCCCUCCGGACUGAAAACCUCAUUCACAGUCCAGUCAAUGGAACUCAGGGUUUAGAAAAGAAAGUCAGUUCUGAUCCUCAGAAGAGCUCGGAAGACAUCAGAACAGAGGCUCUGGCCAAGGAAAUUGUCCACCGAGACAAAUCUCUGGCAGACAUUUUGGAUCCAGACUCCAGAAUGAAGACAACUAUGGACCUGAUGGAGGGCUUGUUUCCCCGAGAUGUGAACUUGCUGAAGGAAAAUGUCAUAAAGAGGAAGGCCAUGCAGAGAACUGUCAACUGCUCAGGGUGUGAAAGCAAAAGGAGUGAAGACAAGGAAGCGGUGGGCUUGUUGGUCAACUGCCCUGCCUACUACAGUGUGUCUGCUCCCAAGGCUGAACUUCUGAACAAAAUCAAAGCUAUGCCAGCAGAGAUGAAUGAGGAAGAGGAGCAGGGGGAUGUCAAUGAAAAGAAGGCUGAGCUCAUUGGGAGCCUCACCCACAAGCUGGAGACCCUCCAGGAAGCGAAGGGGAGCCUGCUCGUGGACAUCAAGCUCAACAACACCUUGGGAGAGGAGGUGGAGGCUGUGAUCAGCGAGCUGUGCAAGCCCAACGAGUUUGACAAGUACAAAAUGUUCAUUGGGGACCUGGACAAGGUGGUGAACCUGCUGCUGUCCCUCUCGGGGCGCCUGGCCCGAGUAGAGAACGUCCUUGGCAGCCUGGGUGAAGACGCCAGCAGUGAGGAGCGGAGCUCUCUCAAUGAGAAAAGGAAGGUCCUGGCUGGUCAGCAUGAGGACGCCCGUGAGCUCAAGCAGAACCUGGACCGGAGGGAGCGCGUGGUGCUGGACAUCCUGGCCAACUAUCUGUCAGAGGAGCAGCUUCAGGACUACCAGCACUUCGUGAAGAUGAAGUCCACGCUCCUCAUCGAGCAGCGGAAGCUGGACGACAAGAUCAAGCUGGGCCAGGAGCAGGUCAGGUGUCUGCUGGAGAGCCUGCCCUCAGGUUUCGUCCCCAAGGCUGGGGCCCUGGUUCUGCCGCCUGACCUCAUGCGUGAAGCCGCUCCUGCCACAGGAUGGACCCCCAAGGGCGCUCUUGCAACCCUCACUUCUCCACUUCCACCUCUCCUCUAAUAUCCAGCCAGACGUUCCCGCUUCUCAACACUAUUUAAUCUGGAAAGUGUUUCCAUACAAACCGCUGCUUAAACUAUGUGGGUUAUUGGGGGUUUUCUGGAUAAAAGGAAAAAACUCUACCCAGGAAGAAGCCUGCUUUUUCCGUCUUGCCCUUCAUGAUUGAUCUUCCGAGAGCUUGAAUGCUGCUGGACACUUAACCCCUUUCUGUUAGGCUCUGUAGUAAAAGAAAGUGAAUGAAUCUGUGAGAACUGAUUGGGGGUGUCUGUUUGAUCGUUUAGUUCUUAACAGAUAGAGGCAACAUAGAGGGUGCGUGCCACCCUCAGGAAUGUAUCCACAGUGGCCUUCCUUGCUGGUGGGCGGUAUAUCCCACGACAGGGUCUAGGUACCAUUUAUGAAGGGUCUGCAACAUAAGGCCUUAAAAAGACACACUGAGAAGAAAAUUAUAAAACCUUGAACAUUGUUAUUUAUAUUUUUUAAAUGAAAAAGAUCAUUAUGUUUGUGUGCUAACCACUUAUGUGAUUCUGUUUUGUGGUGGACGUAGACAGUUGUGUUUGAGCUUUGUAUUUUGUGAAAACCUUAAAUGAAUUCCAAAGAUAGUCA